AUGCAACUCAUGCAAGGACUUUCAGAGUGGCAUGAACACCUGAUCAAGCAUCUUAAAAUAUCUGCAGUUGGAACAACUGAUCAACUUUAUAUUGAAGUAACUGGCCAGAGACUGCUGAGCUUUGCUGAGUCCUUGAAUUUUUCUUUCUCAUUCGAGGCAGUAUAUCUUACAGACAUGAGAAACUUCAAGGAAGAUCUCUUAAAUGUUGAAGCUGGUGAAACUGUGGUUGUUUACUCCUUUCUGAUGUUGAGGUCAAUGGUAUCAAAACCCGAUUGCGUAGAAAAUGUAAUGGGAGCAAUAAGAAGGCUUAGGCCUGUCCUAAUGGUCGUCAUUGAAGUAGAGGCAAUCACAAUUCUCCUUCAUUCGUGGAUCGCUUCAUUGAGGCACUCUUGUUUUAUAGUGCUUAUUUCAAUUGCUUGGAAGAUUGCAUGGAGCAAAGCUGUCAAUCCAGAAUGA